AUGUUCCGCUCAACAUUAAGGAUACCGCGCAUGAGCGUGGCCGCGCGAGUGGUGCGCCAGCAGCGCUCAGUGCACUACGUGCCCCAGCUGAGGCACGACUUCAACGAGGGCGUCCCGGGACUGCUCUCCGCCGACGGCUACGACAUGGCUUGGACGCAGUACAUGACGCUGAUGAUCGAUAAGCUCAAUGCCCUGACUGCAGGAACCGACCUUGAGCCGCGCGACCCGAAGCAGAUCAUCCUCGCCACGGCCCGCGACCCCGACCAGGCCCCGAUCUUCAACCACGCCUCCAUGGCGCACAACACGCACUUCUUCUUCAAGCACCUCACCCCGGACCCGAAACCGAUGCCACAGCCGCUGGCCGAUGCGCUCCUCCGCUCCUUCUCUUCGAUCGAGACCCUCCGCCGCGAGAUGAUCCUCACGGCCUCCGCCAUGUUCGGCCCGGGCUUCGUCUGGCUCGUCAAGAACUCCCAGGACGAGUUCAAGGUCCUCACCACCUACCUCGCCGGCAGCCCGUACCCGGGCGCCCACUGGCGCGGCCAGAACGUCGACAUGAACACCGUCGGCAACACCGGCACCGCCAGGCCCUACUUCGACAACGUCGUCAAGGCCCAGACGUCCGGCUCGAAGCCCCCCGGCGCCCUCGAGGCCCACCCCGUCCUGUGCCUGAGCACGUGGGAGCACACGUGGCUGCGAGACUACGGCCUCGGCGUCGGCGGCAUCGGCGGCAAGAAGGCGUUUGCCGAGGCGUGGUGGGAGGUUAUCGACUGGCAGGCCGUGCAUGAGGCGGCCCAUCUCACUAGCCGCCCCGCCAUGAGGGCAUGA